AGAAAAAUUAGGAGGAUAUUUUAAAAGCGGGGAGCUUUCUCGAACUGAGAUUCUGUUUGAGUUCUUCUUUGUUUCGCGGGGAUUUUCAAACUGCAAAAUAGGCAAUGCUUUCGCCUACUCUCUUGCCACCACGUAUUGGCAUCAACCUUUAUCAAACACCUUCUAUGUUCUCCAUUCAACCACCAAUACAGAGAAAGCAUUCAAAGUCAAAGACCAGAAAUCGUAAAACCCCCACGAAUUUUCGUUGUUUUUAUUGCGAAAACCCAUCUUCUACUUACAACUUUGAGAAUUUAAGCUCCCAAGAAAACCCAGAUGCCGAAUUCUCUGAUACUCAGUCACUGAGCCAAAGCUCCAGACCCUAUUUGCUUGCUCUUUGGCUCCGGUCAUGUCGUAGUCUAAAUGAAGUGAGAAGAUUACAUGCAGUUGUUUUGAGGUGUUUAGCGAAUCCUGUUACGUAUGUUUUUAAUAAUUUGAUUUGUGCUUAUUUAGUGUUUGGGAAGUUAGUCGAUGCCCGCAAAGUGUUUGACAAAAUGACUGUUAGGAAUGUGGUUUCUUGGACCGCCAUUAUUAAUGGGUACUUGAACUUCGGUUUGGAUGAGGAAGCUUUGGGUUUGUUUAGUGAUGCUAUUAAUGAUGGGGUUCAACCGAACGGUAACAUGUUUGUGUGUGUCUUGAAUUUGUGUAGUAAGAGGGUGGAUUAUGAGCUUGGGAGGCAAGUCCAUGGUGGUGUCUUGAAGGGUGGUUGGAGCAACUUGAUUGUUGACAGCGCUGUUGUUAAAUUAUAUGCGCAAUGUGGAGAGCUGUCAAGUGCUUUCCGCGCAUUUGAUCAGAUGCCAAAGUGGGAUGUAGUUUGUUGGACAACUAUGAUAACUGCUUGUUCCCAACAAGGCCAUGGACAGGAGGCUUUUUCACUGUUCUCGCAGAUGUUAAGUGAGGGGUUUUCGCCUAAUGAGUUUACGGUGUGUGGUGUUCUCAAGGCUUGUGGGGAAGAGAAGGAGUUAAGAUUUGGGAGGCAGUUACAUGGUACCUUAGUUAAGAAGAUUUACAAGAAUGAUGUUUUUAUAGACACUUCUCUAGUUGAUAUGUAUGCAAAAUGCGGGGAGAUGAUAGACUCAAGAACAGUAUUUGAUGGAAUGAGGAACCGAAACACAGUUACAUGGACAUCUAUUAUAGCAGGGUAUGCUCGGAAGGGCUUCAGUGAGGAGGCCAUAUGCCUCUUUCAAGUAAUGAAGAGGCGAAAUAUAUUUGUCAACAACUUGACCAUUGUAAGCAUCCUCAGAGCAUGUGGCUCAAUGAGGGAUUCACUGAUGGGGAGGGAAGUUCAUGCACAGAUAGUAAAGAACUCAAAUGAACCCAAUUUACACCUAGGAAGUACUUUAGUGUGGUUCUACUGUAGGUGUGGGGAGUACUCUAAUGCUACAAAGGUCCUCCAACAAAUGCCUCUAAGAGAUGUUGUCUCAUGGACUGCCAUCAUUUCUGGCUGUGCACAUCUUGGGUUUGAGUCUGAAGCUCUUGAAUUCUUGAAUAAAAUGAUGGAGGAUGGGGUGGAGCCCAACGCAUUUACUUACUCAUCCGCUUUGAAAGCGUGCGCCCAGCUGGAAACCGUUCUGCACGGGAAAUUGAUUCACUCCUCUGCAAAUAAAAGUCCUGCCAUGUCUAAUGUUUUUGUGGGUAGCGCUUUGAUUUCUAUGUAUGCAAAAUGCGGCUAUGUAACGGAGGCAUUUCAAGUUUUUGACAGCAUGCCAGAACGGAAUUUGGUUUCUUGGAAGGCUAUGAUAGUGGGUUAUGCAAAGAAUGGUCUCUGCCAGGAGGCUAUGAAGCUCAUGUAUCGGAUGCGAACAGAGGGUUUUGAGGUGGAUGAUUACAUCCUUGCCACUGUUCUUACUGCAUGUGGAGAACUCGGAUGGGAGAUGGACCCUUCAUUUGAGUGUAGCUUGCAGUCCAGUUGAUCCUUUUGCCUGAUCAAAACUUCAGAUGAAGGUGGAAUUGUGUUGAAGAUGUCAAUGGCUACCCAUAUGAGAUAUCUAUCCACUAUAUCCAGUGUAUCUAACAAUUGAAAAGGGGAAAGAUAAAGUUGAACUGAUGGGAGGAAGGCCUUGUCAAGAUUGACAUACCAGAACCUCUUCUUCGACAACGCCUACUCUUUCAUUAUAUAAAGGAAGAAAGGGAGGGUUCAGGUUUGAAAACUUCUUAUACAAGUGAUAUGCCCUCGUAGCCUUUUCUUGGGAUGAAUGUUACCGAGUAGGGGCCCUGGGAAAUACUGAACCCUGCAAAUAUGAACAAUUAGCAUGGAGAAUGUAAGCAGAAGCAGUGUU